CUGGAGCCUGGAGUCCGGUCCUGGAGCCUGGAGUCGGGUCCUGAAGCUCGGUGACGGAUCCUCUUUGGGCCGAGGGCGGGUCCGUUUCCCGGUUGUCGUGUGCGUGUGCGCGCGUGUCCGUCUCUCCGGACAGGUGUCGGGAGCGCGCGUGUGUCGGGAGCGCGCAGGAUGGGGGACGCGGCGGAGUGCGGGGUGAGGGUCAUGUGCAGGUUCCGUCCACUGAGCGACGCGGAGCGAACCAGAGGAGACCGGUUUGUCCCCAAGUUCAACGGAGAAGACACAGUAGUGCUGACGGGGAAGCCUUAUGUCUUUGAUCGAGUUUUGCCUCCAGACUCGGAGCAGAUCCAGGUGUACGACACCUGCGCCAAGCACAUCGUCAAAGAUGUCCUGGGUGGAUAUAAUGGAACCAUCUUUGCGUACGGACAGACGUCUUCAGGAAAAACCCACACCAUGGAGGGAGUUCUUCACGACGAUGAGGCCAUGGGCGUCAUCCCCAGAAUCGCCUCAGACAUCUUCAACCACAUCUACGCCAUGGACCAGAACCUGGAGUUCCACAUAAAGGUUUCCUACUUCGAGAUUUACCUGGACAAGAUCCGAGACCUGCUGGACGUGACCAAGACCAACCUGUCCGUGCACGAAGACAAGAACCGAGUCCCCUACGUCAAGGGCUGUACAGAGCGUUUUGUGACGAGUCCAGAGGAAGUGAUGGACGUGAUCGACGAAGGAAAAACCAACCGCCACGUGGCAGUGACCAACAUGAACGAACACAGUUCCAGGAGUCACAGUAUUUUUCUCAUCAACAUCAAACAGGAAAAUGUGGAAACAGAAACAAAAGUCUCUGGAAAACUUUACCUGGUGGAUUUGGCCGGGAGCGAGAAGGUGAGUAAAACUGGAGCUGAAGGAUCCGUUUUGGACGAAGCCAAAAACAUCAACAAAUCUCUGUCGGCGCUCGGCAACGUGAUCUCAGCCCUGUCCGAGGGGAAGAAAGCCCAUGUUCCGUACAGGGACAGUAAGAUGACGCGGAUCCUGCAGGAUUCACUGGGAGGAAACUGUAGAACAACGAUCAUCGUCUGCUGCUCCCCGUCGUCCUACAACGAACCCGAGACCAGGUCCACCCUCAUGUUCGGACAGAGGGCCAAGACGAUAAAAAACACUGUGAGUGUGAACGUGGAGCUGACGGCCGACGAGUGGAGGCGGAAAUAUGAGAAAGAAAAAGAAAAAAACAGAAGUUUAACCGUGUCCAACCAUCGUCUGGAGGGAGAACUGCAGCGCUGGAGGAGAGGGGAGGCGGUGCCUUUGGAGCAGCAGACUCACCGAGACAAGAAGCUGGCGUCUGAUUGGCCCACGGUGGUGACGGAGACCCCGCCCCCUGCGCCCGUGACCAAUGAGGAGCGAGCUCAGUACGAAGGCCUCAUCACCGACCUGUACAAACAACUGGACGACAAGGACGAUGACUUAAACCUCCAGAGUCAGGUGCAGGAGGAGCUGAAGCGGCAGGUGCAGGAGCAGGACCAGGUGGUGGUGUCUCUGCGCGCUGACCUGGAGCGCCUGCAGGGGGAGCUGUGUCGCGCUCAGACUCAGUGUGACGAGGCCAAAGACGAAGUGAAGGAAGUUCUACAGGCGCUGGAGGAACUCGCCCUGAACUACGACCACAAGUCCACCGAGUCCCAGACCCGGACCCGAGAACUCAACCAGGUCCACCACGAGCUGCAGCAGAAGACGGUCUUGCUGGAGUCCAUGCAGAAGGAGUUGUCUUCAGUCCAGGACCUGAGUUCUCAUCAGAAGAAAAGGUCCAACGAAGUCCUCAACCUGCUCCUCAGAGACCUGUCAGACCUGGGAGCCGUGCUGACCUGCUCUGGACCUGGUCCUAGUCCUAGUCCGGGUUCUGGUCUCGAGGAGGACUUCACUGCAGCUCGACUCUUCAUCAGUAAAAUGAGGUCUGAGCUGAAGUCCGUCCUGAACCGGACCAAGACCCUGGAGCAGAACCUCCAGGACCAGCAGAUCCGGACCAAGACCCUGGAACGAGAUCUGGGCCUGAGCCAAACGCUGGUCCAACAGCUCCAGACCAAGACCCGGACCCAGACUGAGGAGCUGCAGAAGCUGGACCAGAAGAACCGAGCCCUGGAGGAAAACCAGGACUCCCUCACAGAAGAACUGCACCGAGUCCAGGCUCAAGGUCGUCUGGUGGAGUUGUCAGCGAUGGACAAAGAGAAGGUUCUAAAGGACACUGUGGAUAUGAAGCGCACUCUGGAGGAGCAGAUGGAGAAUCACAGGGAGGUCCAUCAGAGGCAGGUCUCUCGACUCAGAGACCAGAUCCAGGCCCAGAACCGGGACUUGGACCUGCUGCGGGACGUCACGGAGCAGCAGCAGGUCCAGAUCCACAGACUCACCUCAGACCUGGACCAGCUCCGAGUCCAAGACCAGACCAAGGAUCAACGACUACGAGAGCUGCUGCAGGAGAGGGAGAGGAGGAACCAGGCCAAAGAAGACCUGAAAGGGCUUGAGGACACUGUGGCCAAAGAGCUUCAGACUCUGAUGAACCUCCGAAAACAGUUUGUGAGAGACUUCAGCUCCAGGAUCAACAGUAUCCAGGAAAAUGAUACAGAUGAAGCUGGAGGAAGUUUGGCUCAAAAACAAAGAAUCGUUUUUCUGGAGAACAACUUGGACCAGCUCAGCAAAGUCCACAAACAGUUGGUCCGGGACAACGCAGACCUGAGGUGUGAACUUCCAAAACUGGAGAAGCGUCUGCGAGCGUCGUCUGAGCGCGUCCAGCUGCUGCAGAAAGCCCUGAACCAGGCCAAGGUCAACGCCAUCCGCGACAAGAAGACGUACAGACAGGAAGUGGAGCGCUGCAGACAGGAAGUAGAGCGUAUCAAAGACGCCAUGAGACAAAGGAGCCACUACGCCCAGAUCGCUAAACCAAUCAGAGCGGGUCGUCAGCAGACGUCUGUCAGAGGGGGUGUGGCCAGCGUCUCUGGAGGCGGAGCCAGUGCUCGUCACAGGAAACUCCACCCGGCGCAUCACCAGGUACGACCCCACCCCCAACACCUGGACCAAACCAAACCCGACUCCACCCGGACCAAACCAAACCCCAACCCUUCCUUGGAUCACUCUAGUACUUUUUAUUACUGUAUUACUUUUUAACCAUGGUAGUUUUUUUUUUUCUCUUUUUUUUUUUUUAAUCACUUUUUUUUUUUAUUACUGUAAUUUUUUUUGUAAUUUUUUAUCACUGUAGUACUUCUUUUCUUUUUUUUUUAUCUCUGUAGUAAAUUUUUUUAUCACUGUAAUAUUUUUAUAAAUCACUGUAGUACUUUUAUUGUAGUAAAUAAACUUAUGACAAAAUGAAUCAUUAAUGAAUGAU